AACGCGCAAAUGUUUGUACUACAGCUGACCUUGUUGGUUUAGUCUUUUGGCUUUUCAAUGCGAUGCCAAAGUGUUCAGAUGGAAAUUCGCAAAACCGUAAGAAUAGACCAUUAAAGAGAUCUUCCCCACGUUGGCGUAGCACGUUUCCUAUUUCAGUAAGCCAGUUACAAAAGAAAAGAGAUGAAUUCUGGGAUACAGCUCCAGCAUUCGAAGGAAGAAUUGAGAUUUGGAAUGCAUUAAAAGUCGUAGCAGAUUUCUGUCAAAAACAGGAUUAUGAUAUGGCUCAGGCAAUAUUAGACGGUGCAUGUAUUACUCUCCCAUCAGGAACAUUGUGUGAUUGUUAUGAUGAACUUGGUGCACGUUAUCAACUCCCACUAUAUGUACUAAGUCAACCAAGUAAUCUUUUACCGGAUCAUUCUACAUCUGAUACACAAAGUGUACAUUCACAACAACAGAAUAAUGCAUCUCCUAUUGUUCUACGGAAUUCUAAUACCAUACAUUAUACAAAUGAUGGUGGUGCUGAAAGUAAUAGUAGUGGGAUUUCAAGGACACAUUCCCAUCACCAAUAUGUUUAUAAUUCUAAUAAUAAUAAUAAUAAUACUAAUACUAAUAAUGAUGAUAAUCAUACAUCAAGUAAUGAUAUAUGUGGAUGUUUAUCUCUAUUCAAUACAAUCUGUCAUAGAAAUAGAAGAAAUAUAAAUCGACAUACAACGAAUUGGUUUCAAUGGAAUUUUAAUCCUUAUCGAUGUGAAGGUAAUCCAUCAUUAUCUGAUAAAAAAGAGUCAAUUAAUCCUAAUUCAUUAUCAUUAUUUUCAUCAUCAUCAUCAUCAUCACCAAUUAGUCAUCUUAAUUUAAGAUUAUCUACUGGUGAACAACAUAAAUUAAAGAUAAUUGAUGAGAAAAUGACAAUUUUACAAGCAAAAUGUUUAUAUGCAUCAAUUUGUGGUUGGCAUGAAUUAAGACAACGUUGGUAUGUAUAUGGUCGUUUAUUAUCAAAUAAACUACAAGUUAAAGAAUGUUAUAUACCGAAAGAUUUUAUUAUUCAAGUUAUUGUACAUUCACCGUAUGAUCCUGAAUGUUCAUGGAAACAAGAGAAGAAUAAACCGACAACUCGUACCAUUACUACAACUACUAGUAGUAGUAGUAGUAGUUGCUGUGCAUCAGAAAUUGUCAUCACCUCAAUUUGAUCAGUACACUCACCUCUUCUUUAUAUAUUUCAAUCAAUAAAUCACUUUAGUUUGUUUUUUCUUAAAGAUGAGAUUUCAUAGACUAACUUGUGAUCCCUCAAUUCUACCCCCUAUCCUCUAUCAUCGCAACUAAACUUGUGUAUAUUUCCUUUGUUAAAGACAAAAGAACUUCCAUCUUAUUUCAAUACCUACUCUUCACUUCUUUGUUAUAUAUAUAUAUAUAUAUAUAUAUAUAUAUAUAUAUAUAUAUAUAUAUAUAUAUAUAUAUUAGGCGAAUUGACAAUGUUCUAUAGUUCAUUAGAUUCUUCUUUGAAUGUGAUUUAAUUUAUGCAUAUGAAUAUUUUAAUUUGAUUAUUUCAACUUGUUGGGUUGUUUUUUUUUGUUCCAUCAUCUUCCCAUUCUCAUCUGUACAAUUCUUCUAUUAGGAUAUGGUAAUUGAAAAUCUACAUUUCGAUAGGAUUCGAACCAACUUCGUGUAGUUCUUGUUUCUCUUUAUAUCUGUGUGUAUAGGUUUGAUUGUAUUUCAAGGAUAGGUUUUAUCCUCUGCAUUUUAAUGUGUAAAGGCAUUAAUUUUAAAUGAAUGUAUUCAAUCAUACUUCUUUGUACUGGUUGUUAUUGAAGAAGUAGAAGACAUCAUCGUCGUAUGUACACAUUUCCCAAUCAUGUACUGGUUGUUUAGCUUAAACAUGUAUACAUAUAUUCAAUAUGUCCUCUCUCACUUUGUUUUCAAGUGAAGUUUUUUUUUUUCUUUCGUUGUCGUUUCUUUAUGAUUUACUGAUAUUUUCCUUUUCUUUUUUCAACAAAGAGAAAGUACUUCCUGCUGAUAAUAUUAUCGUUUUGUUUUGUUUGAAUUUGUACAAUCUCAUAUCUGUGUGUUUUGUACUUUUUUUUCUUCUCCAUUCAAUUUGUUUACAUCGGAGACUUGAAUUUGUUGAUUGAUAUGUAUGUAUUUCUUCUUCAUAUAUUGUGAUAUAUUUUUUAAUUCUCACUGACUAAUAAUUAACUUAAUAUUCUGUUAUGUAUACUGGGUGAUGAUUGAAGGUGUAAUGAAAGUCUGGACCGCGGCUGGAUUCGAACCAUCGAGCUACCGGUCUGGUGCUCUACCAACUUAGCUACGAGAUCCGACUGCUGACCGGAUUUUUAUUUCACUGCAGUCACCAAGGGUUUUUCCCAACUACUAUGUGAAUUCGUGACGCGUUACUACCGCUUGUUUGUAUUCACACUGACUGCUCAGUCAGGACUUCUCAUCCUAAUCCAAACCUAACUGAAUCACAGUGGCGGGGCAUCAUAUUGAUUAUCAUUUGACUAUCUGAGUUGGUAGAGCACCGGGCCGGUAACCCGGUUGUCGCUGAUUCGAAUCCGGCCGCAGUCCAGAUUUGCACCACUCCUUCAAUCAUCAACUGGUAUAAGUACUGGUCUCAGAUACUCAAAUGAUAAUUCUUUUACGUGUCAUGCAACAAAGCUGAUGUGUAUAUAUCGAAUGAGUGCAGGGUUUUUUCG